AUGUCGGCCCAAAAUAUGUACGACAACCCGGAGUUUUUCCAGAAAUAUUCCGAGUUUCCACGCGCAAUCAAGGGGUCCCAGGGGGCCUCCGAGUGGCCAGAGUUGCAAGCAAUGCUGCCCUCUGACCUGAACAGCAAGAAAGUGCUUGACCUGGCGUGCGGCGAGGGUUGGUUCAGCCGUUGGUGCAUCUCCAGGGGAGCCCGCGAGGUCGAUGCCUGCGACAUCAGCGUAAAUAUGCUCCGGAAGGCAGAGAGCAGGACACGCACGAUCAAGGGAUUUGAGCAGGGGCUGAUCAACUUCUCGAGAACCGAUUUGGAGAAGCUGGUGUUGCGGACGGGUGCGUAUGAUCUGGUGUUCUGCGGCCUAGCUCUUCACUACGUGAAGAACAUCGAGAACGUGAUCCGGGAGGUGCAUGCGUCUCUGAUACCUGGGGGGCUCUUCGUGUUCUCGAUCGAGCACCCCUUCCUCACGGCACCGACUCGGCCGGGGUUCACCAAGACGCCAGACGGGGAGGUGGAUCAGUGGCCGGUGGAUAGCUACUUCGACGAGGGGGAGAGGAGCAUCAACUGGCUGGUCCAAGAUGUCAAAAAGCAGCAUCGGACGCUAAGCUCGUACUUUGCGCUGCUGGUAGGCGCGGGCUUUGAGGUCGUCCAGAUGGAAGAAUGGGGUGCCACGGAGCAGAAGACGAGGAAGCAUCCUGACUGGAUCGAGGGGGUGUGUCCGAGGUUCCUGCUGAUGACUGCAAGAAAAAGAGGUGAGAAGGUCAAGAUCACGUGUCGGAGGGGAUGA